UGAGAUUUUCUGCGAGCAGUUUACGGGUGCCCAAUAUACAAUGCGGGAUGUACAAGCUUCUGUCCGCACGAUAAAUGGUCAGAGACUUGGCACUGGCCAGGCUAGUUUUCUUGAUCCGUUUUACUUGUUCAAAGGAAAGCUCCGCGCGGCGGCAACUCGGUCAAAGUUUCACGAUUCAGCUGAUAUGCUAUGGCUAGCUGAUCGAUAUGGAAAUGCUAUUCAGGCACAUAAAGAAGGGCUGGAUCUUCGAUAUAUCGGCCUGGCAAUGAAGCGGUAUCCGGAGCUUGAACUACUAACUGAGCGACUAGGGGUUGAUCUUGGUAAUGCCAGGGAAGCUGUGCGUGAUAUAGACCCUUCUCGACUUCCGGCUCCUGCCCCUGGAGAUGGUCAACGAGGUCUGUUAGGAUAAAAUUUAGCGGCAUUAUCUUUUCCAAAUUGGAACGAAGGAAAAAGUAUUUCGGGAGAUACCGUACAAGACAUUUCUCACACAAUCGAUGUACGUGGAUGUGUCCCCAAAACCACGUGGUGGGCUAGUUAUGAGUUCAAUAAGGGUCCAAUAAAGUGGAGGUACUUCAUUAAAUCCUUGCUUCAACAGUAGGAUUAACUCCGAG